AUGGACCAGUCCCUUCUCGACGGUGACGUGGUGGCGUCCUCUGCAGCGGCUGCCGGAGCUCCCAUGGCUCCUACACGGCCACCCGGCGGAGCCCCCGGGCCUUCGUCCACGUCCUCCGGUGCCCUCGCGGCGUGCCGGCUCGAGGACCGGGUAGCCUCCGAUCUUCUGGCAACCAGCUCCCGGGCGUCACCGGGCGCUGGCGCUAAGAACACCUCCCUGCCGGCGCACAGUGGGAUUCCCGUGUGGCCUGGCACUGGCGGAGGGAACCCUUCUCCGUCGGUCCCUGGUCGCGCGCAGUGUCCCGGAACCCGCCUUGACCACCGCUCGGAGAGCCGGCCCGCGUCCUCGGCCGCCCGCAGGAGGUUUCUCCGGGACGCAGUCCGACGGAACUCCGCCGGGCUUGUUUCAGCUGCCCUGGACCGAAGUGGCAGACCAUCCCCGCAGCCGCUAGCAUCCACCGUAUCCACCGCACCGCUGAGUCCCCGUACCCCGACCACCAGCCCUGCUUCGGACACAGGAGCAAUGCACCCCCCGCCGCUGUUUCCCCCCACCACCUUGAUCAUCAGUGACAGCAUCAUACGAGGUAUUCGUUAUUUUAAUGCCAUCACUCGCUCUUUCCCCGGUGCUACUGUCGCCGACAUCACAGCUAAACUCCCCGGUCUUCUCCAAUCACUUCCUGCCUCUAUUCACCGCAUCAUUGUCCACGUUGGCACAAACGACACGGCUCACCAACAGUCUGAACAGACAAAAAAAGACUUCAGGACUCUUUUAGAUAGCCUUGAGCGCAGUGGCAAAACUGUUUUUAUAAGUGGCCCUCUUCCAACACUAACACGCAGCAUCGAUCGUUUUAGCCGCCUCCUCAGCCUAAACUCCUGGCUUCGAGCCCUCUGCAGCACCCUCUCCACCCACUUCAUAGACAAUUUUAACCUGUUCUGGAACCGACCCCCAUUCUUUUCUAAUGACGGACUUCACCCAAACAAACUGGGCCAUCAGACACUUGCCGCUAAUAUCCAACACCACAUACACACCAACUGACUAUCAUUGUUUACAUACUCCCUGUCAUCCUCUCCCACUACCCCACCUGGAAACAGCGCCCCCCUGAGGCCCCCCUCCGGAACCCUCGCCCUCACCACCCUCACCACCGGCUCCCCCAGCAGGCCCCAACUGGUACUGCGCACCAUCCCCACUGCCCCCACCACAUCAAGCUCCCCCUCCUGGUCCAAACAGCUACUACACCCUUCAACCAUAGACUCUCCUUGCAAACCAUUGCAAACAAUUAAAACAAUUACAACUACUGGAACCUCCCGUUCAAAUCCCAUGCAUCCAAAAAGAAGGACAAGAAAUCUAUCAAAUCUCCGCUACCUUCCCCCUGCCUCACUGCCCACCCCACAGCCCCCACCCCAGAAGAUGGCCCUUCAAAACACCCGCUCCCUCAAUAACAAAGGACACAUCCUAGCUGACUUCAUAACAGACAAUAACCUGGACUUCCUCUAUCUAACUGAAACCUGGCACAACCAUCUCGACCUCUUUCCACUCAACCAAGCCACCCCCCCCGGUUACUCCUAUCUGCACCAACCCCGCCUCACUGGACGAGGCGGAGGCGUCGCAGUUAUUUACAAACAAACCCUCAAGACCACCCCCGCCCCCACCCUGUCCCUCCACUCAUUUGAAAAUAUCUCUGUCAAACUCCCUGGCCCCACCCCUCUGGUCAUUGUUACUAUCUACCGUCCCCCAAAGCCCCACCCAUCAUUCCUCUCGGAUUUCUCUGAAUUUGUCACCCACCUAAACACCAUCUCAUCCUCUGUCCUGCUGCUUGGAGACUUCAACUUUCACAUUGACAACCCCACCUGCAAACAAGCUUCUGAUUUCCUGGAUCUCCUCGACACCCUCAAUCUCACCCAGCACGUGCACUCCCCCACCCACUCCCAUGGCCACACCCUCGACCUCGUCUGCUCCACCGGCAUCUCCAUCCACCAUCUCUCCACCACCAACCUCUAUAUAUCAGAUCACCUGGCUGUCACUUUCAACGUCGACCUCCCCCCUCUGCCCCACAGUGAAAAACGACAAAUUACCUUCAGAAACCUCAAAUUCAUCUCACCACAGGACCUCUCAGCUUCCCUAUCUGCCACCCUCACUGCAUCCCCUCCCUCACCAUCUGCUAAACUUCCUGACCUACUCAACUACUACAACAACACUCUAUCCUCCUGCCUGGACCAGCUCGCACCUCUCAAAACAAAAACAGUUUCAUUCAGACACUCUGCCCCCUGGUAUACUUCAGAACUACACAAAAUGAAAUCCCAUAAACGCCAACUGGAACGUCUAUAUCGCAAAACCGGUCUCACUGUCCAUCUCCAAGCCUACACCGACCACCUCCACCUAUACAGAACAGCCCUCAAAUCCGCCCGCUCAUCCUAUUACUCCAACCUCAUCAACUCCGGCUCCAGCAACCAAAAGGCUCUUUUCUCCACCGUCAAAAAACUGCUCCACCCCAUAGACAGUACCUCCAUCACCUUCACCCCGGAAAAAUGCAACACAUUCCUCUCCUCUUUUCAAACCAAAAUCAAUGCAAUCUAUAACUCCCUUCCCCCACCCUCCAUUCCCUGCUCCUCCCCUCCUCCCCUCAUCCCAUCAGCACUCUCCUGCUUCUCACCUGUCUCCUCAACCGAC